AUGGAGACCCAUCGGGAAAAGAGAGAGACUUUGAAAAGGAUGUUUCAAGAAGAAGGGUUUGUUGUUGGAGACGGACUGAAGUAUGGGGUUGAUCUCCUGCUAUACACAGACAGCCCGUCGAAGGUGCAUUCGAAGUAUGGGGUUCUUAUAGACAGAAAACACAGUCUUUUGGACAUUGUUGGGGUUCAAAGAACAUGCACGUCUGUCAACAAGAUUUUAAUUGUGGUGUUCUUUGAUGGGGCUGAAGUUCGAAUGGUAAGUGUUGAGAGGAUGGAACUUGGGGGUGGAGGACAUGAAUUUUCAGCAGACGAGCUCGAUGUUUGA